GUUACCCCCCACAAGCAGAGAAACCAAACCAAACCAAACCAAACCAAACCACAAAAUGAUGAAGUUCAUGUGCAUUUUCGUCUGCGUCGUGGCUGCCGUUUCGGCCAGCGGAUAUGGAGGUCGCCGUGGAAGCUACGGCAGUGCACCAAUUGGUGCCUACGCCUACCAGGUGCAGCCUGCCCUGACCGUGAAGGCGAUCAUCCCCACGUACGGCGGACAGCGGGGCGGCUAUGGCCAGAACCAGGGAGGAUAUGGCGGUGGCUAUGAGGCGGCACCCGUUGCCUCUGCGUACGGCAAUGCCAACAUUGGCAGCCAGUACUCCGGCUCCGGCUAUGGCGGUGCACCGCCCGUAGAUCGUGAGGCCAUUGCCCUGGCCAAGCUCGCCCUGGCCGCACCCAGUGCCGGAGGUCCCCUCGUCUGGCGCGAGCUCCCACGCCGUGUGGAGCCUGCCUACGGCCCCAGCAACUAUGGUGCUCCCCAGCAGAGGUACGCCCGCGGUGAGGAGGCCCAGGGCGCAUCGGCGGCGGCUGCCUCCAGCUCAGUGGCUGGCGUUGGCAAGAAGGGAUACAGGAAGUCAUCCGGCUACUAGGGCUACCAAAGCGCAACAACCACAGUGAAUCUAACAAUAAAUGCAACGAAACGUCAAGACUUAAA